CUUACCUGUAGUAGUUGUUCAUUAGGAUGUUUGGUAGCGUGUAACACGUUCUGUGAAUUAUCACACUCUUGUUUGUCCUCGUGAUAACAUACUAUGUUAUUCCGAGUCGAAAGGAGAAGCAAAACCAUCGCGUACGUUUCAGUUGAUGUGGUUGACUUGAAUGAAUGCGCCACGUAGAAUUGGGCUGGAUGGACGUCCACACCCGUCUACGAAGUCCUCACAUGACACCUUCCGUAGUGUGGUUUUUGAAAAAUGCAAUGUAUCUACUGUUCCAUGUUGGAGUCAUCCGACUUUACCCGUGCACCUUGUUUUACCGAGGAGAGACAGUCCUGACCUCUCAACGAUCGAGACCACAGAAAAUCCUGACGAGUCAGACACACGUGAAAAUGAGAGUUCGACGGGGCGCACUGUUGAUAUUCUUGGCGCUACUAACGACAGUUUCACCGACACUGCAUCUGAGUCUUGGAGGCCUAUGUCCACGGUAUGCUGGAGGCUACCGCUAUCGACGCCGAUCAGACAGAUGGAAUUUUUGGACCCAAAUCCCGGACGCUACUCGAGACCGUGUUCCUCUAAGAUCGUGAAUGAGUACUUGUCUUCCAAUCAGUUUGUGUUGGGAGUGCGGAUGCCCCUUUCACUGGUGUCUCCGCCAUUAAUCGCCCGUCCACCACCAGAAAUUGUACAGCCAAGGCGAUUACGACCAAAAUCCCCUGACAUUGUGCACACAACAUCCACAGAAGGUACUAAAGAUCCCCAUCUCCAACUCACUCAAGUCAACCCACAAGCUCAACACGUUGUGCCUUCUGACGUUGCCGCCACUUGCCAUGAACCCAGUGGAAUCCAUGUAGCCGUGAGUAGCAAAACUUCACUCGGCGA